AUGGGGAGGCCCAAAUUCUUCCCCCGGGCUCAACAUAAAAGUUUUGGGAACAGCGGGAAAAGGGCUCAAACCCCCAGCGAGAAAGGCUGGGCCUCAGCGAGGGGCCGGCGAUCCCUGCUCUUCGUGACUGAAGGGGCUGGGGGAGCCGGUGCGCCCACCUCCCCUCCCCCUCUCUACAGCUCGUGGCUCCCGUGGGUGCCGCCACCUGCGUCUCUGACCCUGCGGGACUGGAGUCUUCAGCUGACGGGGGAGGCGGGCCCCUCGCGGGCCCCCGGGCGCCGCCCCCAGACCGAACCCCGGCCCCGCGGCCCCGCCCCGAGCGCCGGACCCCAAAGGCGCCUGGUGGUGGCGGACGACGCGGCGUUCCGGGAGCGCGCCCGGCUGCUGGCCGCCCUGGAGCGGCGCCGCUGGCUCAACUCGUACAUGCACAAGCUCCUGGUGGUCAGCGACGCGGCGGCCGACUGAGGCCCCCCGCCCCCCGCCCCCCGCCCCUCAAUAAAAGUGCCCG